ACUGGCCUUUAAUAAGGGCCAACCGGACGCCCUCCACAUUAGCCAUAGCUCAUUGUUGUUAGCUCCUAUACUCUACUAUUUCAGAUUCUAUUAUCCCAACGCCCAACCUGCACACACUUCACUCUCGCUGCUGCGAAACCAGUCACGGGCCACUCACAACCACCACCCUAAACGUAGCUAGCUAUUGAGAGAGAGAUCGAGGUGGGUGCAAUGGCGGCCAUGGUGAGACGGCGGCCGUCGCCGGCGGUGACGACGAUGCCGGUGGUCCUGGUGGUGGUUGUGUUUGUCGGCGUUGUGGUGGGGGGAGCGAGCGCUUCGGCGGGGCCGCUCAAGGCACACUACUACCGGCACGUGUGCCCGGCGGCGGAGGCGGUGGUGCGCGACAUCGUGACGGCGCGCGUCGCCGCCGACCCCGCCGCGCUCCCCGCCAAGCUGCUCCGCCUCUUCUUCCACGACUGCUUCGUCAGGGGGUGCGACGCGUCGGUGCUGAUCGACACGGUGGCCGGGAGCGGCGCGGCGGCGGCGGCGGAGAAGGACGCGGCGCCGAACGGGUCGCUGGGCGGGUACGACGUGAUCGACACCGCCAAGGCCGUCCUGGAGGCCGUAUGCCCCGGCGUCGUCUCCUGCGCCGACAUCGUCGCGCUCGCCGCCAGGGACGCCGUCUCCUACCAGUUUGGGAGGGACCUGUGGGACGUGCAGCUGGGGCGGCGCGACGGCGUGGUGUCGCUGGCGUCGGAGGCGCUGGCGAACCUGCCGGCGCCGUCGGACAACUUCACGACGCUGGAGUCCAACUUCGCCGGCAAGGGCCUCGACGUCAAGGACCUCGUCAUCCUCUCAGGGGCGCACACCAUCGGCGUGGGCCACUGCAACCUCUUCGGCGCCCGCCUCUUCAACUUCACCGGCGCCGCCGCGCCGUCGGCCGACCCGUCGCUGAACGCCGCCUACGCCGCGCAGCUGCGGGCGGCGUGCGGGUCGCCGUCGAACAACGCCACCGCGGUGCCCAUGGACCCCGGGAGCCCCGCCCGGUUCGACGCCCACUACUUCGUCAACCUCAAGCUCGGCCGGGGCCUCUUCGCCUCCGACGCCGCGCUGCUCGCCGACCGCCGCGCCGCCGCGCUCGUCCACGGCCUCACCGACCAGGACUACUUCCUCCGGGAGUUCAAGAACGCCGUCCGCAAGAUGGGCCGCGUCGGCGUGCUCACCGGCGACCAGGGCGAGAUCCGGAAGAACUGCAGGGCCGUCAACGGGAAAUGAUUUUAGUUGGUGAUUGAAUGAUGAUGAAAUCGUCGUGAUCAGUUCAUAAUUGUGGAUUUGUGGAUGGAUGGAGUUUUUUUUUUUUUUCAGAUUUUUUGUUUUUUUUUUAACUUUGUUUGUUGUGAGUUUGGUAUGGUAUAGUGAGAGAGUUCAAAGUAAGGGAUAUAUAUAUAGCGGUUUAUAAUUUAUUUUACUGUAUUCUGCAGUUUUUUUCCUUGUUUGUGGGGUGGAGUAAAUUUGUACAAUGUGUUUAGUCUCUCUUUUUUGGAUUUUUGUCUUGAGAAAAAAAUUAAAAAUGUAAUUAUGUUGUUGUCUUUCGUAUCGAGAUGGAAUGUGAAGUAUCCUAAAAUUUCGGCCCAA